AUGGGAGCGUCUUUAUGUCUUGCCGUGAGGAAAAAGAAAAAGAUAGCGAAGGAGACCAUUGCCUUACCGGAGAUCCCUGAGGAAGUAUUGAUCGAGAUUCUGAUAAGACUGCCGGCGAAAUCUCUCAUGAGAUACAAGUGCGUCUCAAAGCUUUGGCUUUCCCUUAUCAUCUCUCCAUAUUUCACCAACCUAUUCCUUAAAUCCUCACCACGCCGACGUUUGUUCGCGUAUAUAACGGAUGCAAGACAUAGGAUCGGCAAGUAUGCCUUGCUCAUAUCAUCAUCAUCAUCGAGUCAUGAUCAGUCAGUCGUCUCAGUGAUCGACCAAAAUCUGACUAUGCGGAUAAUAGGAGGCCACUUUGUGAACGCUGUUCGUGGCUUGGCGUGUUUCAGAGCUGGGAGAAGAGUGCAAAUAUGUAACCUUCACACAAGGCAGCUUGUGGAAUUGCCUACUAUAAGAUCUCAAGUAAAAGGUAACAACGUGUGGAACUAUUUUGGACACGAUCCUGUUCAUGAUGUAUACAAAGUGCUUACCCUGGUUUGGGAGUUCAAUAAGGAACCUAGAGUGAGGUUAGAACAUCAUGUGUUGGUACUUGGAGCUGGAGCAAUAUGGAAAAAUACUCAAUGCCACAUUCCUCAUCAUAGUCCUUACACACGAGGUAUUUCCAUUAACGGUGUUUUGUAUUAUGGAGCUCGGACUUAUGAUAACAGAUUUAUGCUUAUGAGUUUUGACUUGAGUUCUGAAGAGUUCAAUUUGAUUGAAUUUCCCAAUGUUUCCGGCUUCGGGAGCUUGUGUCAGAUCGAUCUCAUGAACUACAAAGGAAGAGUAGCUAUUUUUAACAGUCACAGACUACUUUGGACCCAUUCAGCAAGUUCUCUUGUGGAUGUUUGGGUUCUUGAAGAUGCUGACAAGAGUCAAUGGUCCCUCGCCAAGACUAGUGUCUUGCCUGUUUCUCAGAUGGAUUUUAACGGUUAUCAGUUGCAUACGGAUGGCACUAGUCGCACUAGCCAAGUUUGGUUGAGAAACGGAGAUCCCACGCCGAAUCAACCCGUUCGCUUUUUCGGUUAUGAUAUAGAGAGGAAUGAGAUAACUCCAAGGAUUGAAGUAAAGCUAUCAUUGCUUAAUAGGUUUAAGAAGACAAAAUAUUGGUUGUGGACCUUGUGGUCAACAUUUUGGGAUGAUAUUGAGAACAUCAUGUACUUGGAAACCUAA